AUGAAAGAUGAGGUUUGUGUUGUAGAACAGCGGAGAAUGUGGGAGUCGAUGUUUGGCUGGGUUGAUUGGGCGCCAGCUUCUCCGCGCUCUCAUACCAAGUUUGAGUUGCUGGCCAACUUCAAGUUUCUUAAUCAUGUCCAUGCUCGUGUGUUUCAGUCGAUGCGCUAUCUGAGAAAUUCUAGGACGUCAAAGAGUCUGAGCAAAGCAGUCAUGCAGAUCUUCCUGCGAACUUUGGACGAAGAGACACUGAGUGUAGAGCUGGGGGGGAACGACACAGUCGAAGCCCUGGUGGAGCAUUACAAGGCGACAAGGCAAGGUGAAACUCUCCGAGAUCACUCAGAGGAGAUGAGGGCAAGGUGGCACUAUUGUGCAGCCUCCGGACAACCACUCCGUCCCCCGAUGGUCACAUGUGAUCUCGGCUACAUCUUCAUCAAAGAGGAGGUGAUGAAACAGCUGUUGACUAAGACUCUCCACAAGGAUCAUCAGCACAUCCGCAAGCUCAAAGACUUGUACAAUAUCGAGAUCAAGGAGAAUCCAGAAUGGGACCCCAAGAAGGGCGUCGAGAACAGCUAUGAGACCGGAGGACAAGAUCGCUUUCUUUGCCCUAUCACUGGACGACCUGGCAAUGGCAAAAAUCAGUUUGUUGCCCUCAAGACUUGUGGUCACGUUUUCUGUGAACAAGCUCUGCGACACCUUGGUGGAGAGGCUUGCGUCAUUUGCAAUGCUCCCUUCUCCAAAGCAAAGGAUGUCGUUCAUCUCACGCCUCCAGCAGAUGUUCUUGCUCAAAAACGCAAGGCGUUGGAAGAUUCAAGGCUAGAAGAAAAGCUAGCCAAGGAAGCAGCAAAAUCUGCUGAAAACGUUGAAGCUGAGAAUGGAAAGAAGAGAUCGAUGAAUGCUACUGAAGUCUCCGAGAAAAAGGCGAAAAUAGAAAAGCUUUGUGGUGCGGGAAUGAAGGUCGGUGAGAUUCACGCCAGCUUGACCAACACGAUCGCCAAGUCAGCUAACUUGGGGACGGAAGCUCAUGCAAACAAAGCGAAGGAGAAUCAAGUGUAUGCCAGCAUGUUCAAGAAGCACAACAAGGACGCCAAAGAAUAUGACGCAGCUUGGGGGCAGGGAGCGAUGGCGGGUGUGCUGGGAGGGCGAUAA